AUGGCCGAUCCCCAAGGCUACCGCCUGUUCCUGUAUGAGCGGGGGAUGGACCGGCCGCUCACGGCGUCCGAGCGCCCCGCCCGCAUUAUCCGGCGGCGCCUUCUGCAGGCGGGCUACACCGAGGCGGACGACCUGGACGAGAUGGGGCGGCAGGACCUGAGCUGCCUGCUGCGCUUCGUGUACCGCGCCGACCGCUUUCCCACACUGCCCGUCGAGCAGGAGCAGACAUACAAGCACCUCAACCUGCAGGCGAUGCAUCUCACGCUCAUUCCCGUGCCUGUGUAUCGUAUUGCGUCGUCCGUUGUGAGUCUGGACUUGUCUAUGAACCCGCUCGCGGAUCUGCCGCUCGACUUUGCACAGCAGCUCACGUCCCUGAGGAUCCUGCGCUUGGCCUCGCUCGCACUUAAGCGCGUGCCUGCGAGUGUGUGCGCCAUCUCGUCGCUCACGCAGAUCGACGUGAGCUCAAAUCGGCUGCUGGACCUGGACCACAUCCCGCUCGAUGAGCUGCCGCAGCUGCGCGUGUAUGUGAAUUUGUCGAACAACCGCUUCGACACGUUCCCCGACAUUCUGUGUGCGAUGCCGAACCUCGCGGACCUGGACCUGUCGUUCAAUACGAUCCGAACGCUGCCGUCCCACAUCGGGCGCCUGUCCAAGCUCGUGCGUCUCGUCCUGUCAGGCAACCUGCUCAGCAGCCUGCCCGCCGAGAUGAGCGGCCUCGUGUCGCUGCGUGUGCUUGAUGUGCGGCACAUGACGCUGCAGUCCAUCAACGACCUGCCUGCACUGCCCAAACUCGAGCGUCUAAUGGCGACGUACAACUGCCUCACUAGCAUCGACAGUGCACUUGGUGCAUCCCUCUCGCAGCUGGAGCUCGCACACAACCCGCUCAGCCGCGCAGCGCUCCAAGCACCUGCUGCGAGUGCCCUCACGCGCCUCGACCUUUCGCAUGCGAGCCUCGUGACGCUUCCCGACAGCCUACUGAGCUCGGUGCCUGUGCUGACGCACCUGGUGCUCGAUGACAACCAGCUCGGCGCGCUCCCGGCGCUGGAGGCGCUGACGCGCCUCAAGGUGCUGAGCUGCGCGGCGAAUGCGCUUACGGGCGUGCCCGAGUCCAUUGGCGUGCUCAGCGCGCUCGUGCGGCUGGACCUGCACAAUAACAAUGUGCGGGCGCUGCCCCCAUCGCUUUGGGCGUGCAAGGCGCUGCGCGAGCUGAAUGUGAGCUCCAACUUACUCGAGGGGAUUCCUAUUCCACCGGCCACAGAGGCGCCGCGCGAGCUUGCUUACCUGCAUGCUGCCGACAACCGGCUCACCGAGGAUGUGUUUGCCGUCCUGCCAUCCCUGCCCCGUCUGGAGGUGCUGAAUCUCUCCAUGAACGAAAUCUACGAGAUACCGACAGGUGCACUGCGGGGCGUGCAGUUGCUGCGCGAGCUGUACUUGAGCGGCAACGCGCUGAGCGCACUACCCGCCGAGGACCUGGAGCAUCUGACACAGCUGCACGUGCUGUUCCUCAAUGGGAACCGGCUGCACUCGCUGCCUGCGGAGCUGGGGCGGCUGAAGCAGCUGCAUGCCAUCGACGCCGGCAACAACAUACUCAAGUAUAACAUUGCCAACUGGAACUACGACUGGAACUGGAAUGCGAACCCCGAGCUGCGCUACUUGAACCUGUCGGGCAACCAGCGCUUUGAGAUCCGGCCGAAGCUCGCGGACGUCGACGGGCGCGAGCAGAACAUUGCUGACUUCAACUGUCUGCACCACCUGCGCCUGCUCGGCCUCAUGGAAGUCACCAUGACGCACCAGCCACUCCCGGACGACAGCGACCACCGCCGCGUGCGUACGACGCUGGCGCAGGUCAACGAUGUGCCGUACGCGAUCGCCGACUCGAUCGGGCGCCUCCAUUCGUUCCACGUGUUUGAUUUGGUCGUGCCGCAGUUCCGCGGCAAGGACGACGAGGCGCUGCUCGGCCUCAUCGAGGGGCACUCGUCGUCCAGCGCGGCAGCCACGAGCAUCAGCCGUUUUAUUCGGCAGCACUGCGAGUCGACAUUAGCCAACGAGCUCGCGCGCGUACCCUCGACGGCGACGGACGAGGGCGUCGCGACAGCGCUGCGGCGCACGUUCCUUCGCCUCAACCAGACGUAUGCGGAGCAUGUGCUACAAAAGCACGAUACGUAUGCGUCCGAGCGAAUGCGCACUGAUCCGUCCGCAGCCGCGCACCUCAACCUCUCCCAGGAGGUGUUCUGGGGCUGGGGCACCGCCUCGUCGUCGCCCGACACGCACUUGUGGCACGCGAGUGCCACGGCACUGUUUGCCUACCUGCGGGGGCGCACGCUGUACGUGGCCAACGUGGGCGAGUCGGUCGCUGUCCUCUCGCGUGCUGGUGUUAACAUCAAGGUGCUCGGCACGAAGCACGACCCGCUCGACCACGAAGAGACCCAGCGCAUCCGCGCAGCGGAGGGAUGGGUCUCUCCCAAUGGGCGCGUCAACGACAAGCUCGACGUGGCGCGCGCACUCGGCGCAUACCACCUGACACCCGUGGUCACGGCCGCGCCGUCCAUCGUGUGCAUGCCCCUGCUCGAGAUGGACGAGUUUGUGAUUAUUGCCAACGCCGAGCUGUGGCGCUACAUUUCGUACCAGAUGGCCGUCGACAUUGCACGUAUGGAGCGCGAGAGUCCACGCAUUGCUGCGUCGCGCUUGCGCGACACGGCGAUUGCCUAUGGCGCGUCCAAACACGUCAGUGUCAUGGUGCUCACCGUCGGCGCCCUCUUUGACGAGAAUUUGAAUGCGCACGUCCAAACUGCGCGCGCCGCGCAGAGCGGCCUCGGCCUCACAAAAAAGACGCGGCGGGGUCGCAUGGACAUGGACAGCACACUCGCACGGCUGGAUCGCGAGGUGCUGCCGCCGAUCGGGCAGGUGGCGCUCGUGUUCACCGACAUCAAGAGCUCGACGCUAUUGUGGGAGACGAAUCCGAGCAUGCAGGCCGCGAUCCGCCUGCACAACCUGCUCCUGCGCCGUCAGCUACGAAUCAUUGGGGGCUACGAGGUCAAGACGGAAGGCGAUGCGUUCAUGGUGUCCUUCUCGUCCGUAGCCUCGGCCCUGCUGUGGUGCUUUACCGUGCAGAUGCGUCUGCUCACCGUCGACUGGCCACAGGCGAUCCUAGAGACGCCCACGACAAAGGUUGUGCAUGCAGACGACGGCACACUGCUGUACCGCGGCCUGCGCGUGCGUAUGGGCAUCCACUGGGGCUGGCCUGUGUGCGAGGUCGACCCGGUGAACAACCGCAUGGAUUACUUUGGCCCGAUGGUCAACCGCGCGGCGCGGAUCAGUGCCGCAGCGGACGGCGGACAGAUCCUCGUGAGCCAGGACGUUGUCGACGAGCUGGAGCGCCAAUUCCAGCAGCACAGCAGCGAAUCGGUGCCGAGCGAAGAGAGCAGCGAGGUGCCGAGCGCCGACGACCCGCAACGCAAUGUGGUGCUCCUGCGGCGCCUUGGUCUAGGCAUCAUUGCGAUGGGCGAGCGCCGUCUAAAAGGUAUUGAAUCCCCUGAGCGACUUUCGCUUGUAUACCCCAAGAACCUGAGCGGGCGCUACAUCCACCUCGCAGGGUCCCGCACGUCGAGCAGCUCGCUGCUCAUGUUCGAGCCGACGCAGGCGCUGCUGGCGCUCGGGCAGAUCAAACAGCUGGGCUACCUGUGCCUGCGUCUGGAGGCACUAACGAACCGACGGUGCUUCCCGGGCAUAUACCCCGCAGAUCCGUUGUCGCGCAUCGUGCACGAAGAUAUGCCUACGUCUAGGUCAGAGCCCGUGCCAAGCUCUGACCGCAGCCUCCUAGUGCAGCGGUUCGUCACGCGCAUGCCUGAGCUGCUAGCCGUGGAUGCGCGCGAGGACGCAACGGACGCGGAGCUCGUGCCGAUUCUGAGCCAGCUCACCACGCGCAUCCGCAAUGCGGUGAAUACCCUGACUGUGGAAUAUGUGCGCCAGACAUUGGGCGGCCCCGAGGCGCAGCGUGCUCUGCAGAUGCUGCUGACCGACCUCGACAGCCGGGCCGCCUCGCCCCUGUUCUCAGCGUCGGCCGUCGGUGGGUCGGUGGAGGAGUGA